UGUGAUUUUGGAACCCGGAAUAACAACAACAGCUUCGACUUUUGAUCUCAGUCCCUCAUCACUUGAAGAAAACCUUCCCAGAGUCACAGCCAUCCCACAAACAGCUUUAUUGUAGUCUAAGAAGCAGUAAUGAAGUCCGCUCUGAUUCAUGUCUCGGUGUCUCUCGUGCUGUGUGUCGCCUGGGCGAACACUAGUCUGUUCGACGAAGUUUCGGUGGACUUGUCUCCGGAUCAUUACGCAGAGAAGGUGAUCGAAUAUCUUCCCUGUUUCCUGUCGAUGCCCUGUAACUGUCUGGUUAACCUGGCUUAUAUCUACAUGGGGCUGCACUGGCUGUUUUGGCACGGAAACGGUAAAGAAACCCACGAGGGCAGGUAUAUGAGACAGGUGUUCGCCUUCAUGGCUGUGUUUUAUGGUCCCGUGCAGUGGACGCGCCUCGCGCUGCUGAGUCGCGCUCCCGCCGUGCUCGACCAGUGGCUCACGUUGCCGAUCUUCGCGUGGGUUCCGGUGUGGAUCAGCUUCAUAGAGCUCGGGCCAGCGAAGUGGCGCGCAACGCACGCGGCAGCGCUCGAACUGGGUUCUAUCCUCAGCUACGGGCUCGCGCUGGUGCACGAGCGGGGCUUCGAGGUGGCGCUGGGCUGUCACGUCGCUCUCGCGGUGUACAAGGGACUCCGCGUGCAGCUGGCGCACGGGGACGGCCGCACGCGGGGAGAUCUGCUGCUGGCGGUGCUGUGCUGUGCGGGGUUCGUGGUGCUGAAGCUGCUGGAUCACUGGCUCGCGCGGUACUGGUUCUUCCAGCGGCUCACUGGACACUUUUGGUCCAAAGUGUGCGACGUGCUGCAAUAUCACUUCAGCUUCUGUUUCUUGACCGCACUGACACAGAGGACACAGGGGACACAGAGGACACAGCGGGAGAAGACAGCAGCACAGCAGGACUGAGAGACAACCAGACAUGAGGAGCCCUGAUGAACUUUUAGAGGAGGAAAAGUCGAGAGCUUGACUAUAAUUUCAAAAUUCACAAUGCUUUUUCACAAUCCAGCGUGGGACUUCUUUGAACAGUUUAUUAGAAACCAUAACGCCAGAAGAACUGUUGGCAUUGCACGUUUCUGCAAACCACUGACACACUACAUUAUUGUGAAGUGCAUACAUUAAAAAAUUACAUUUCUUAAGUGUGGUGAAGUUGUGGUUAGAGGUGGCUAAUACUGCCCUAAAAUAAUAUCCUGAUAUUUUGGGGCAUUUUGCAGUUACAAUGUUUUUAAUUGUGUGAAAAAAUAUUAUAUUAUUGAUUCCAAGAGCAAUAACAUUAAAACAAAAUAAGUUACAGUAUUAUGUGUCAACAUAACAGUUUGCUUGAAAAUAAUCAGUAAACACUAAACAAAAUGUAUCACUCAAUUCUUCUUCUCUUCACACAACAACAGUAACUGAGAGAGUGACAAAUUCUGUAUAAAAUGUAAAUAGUACAACAAAGUGAAAUCAGUCACAAAAUACACAUGCAAACAGUUGUCAAAAAAAUGCUACUAUCAGAGCAGUUUACAUAGAGCAAUUAGUCAUCAAAAGAGACUGAAAAGUCUGAGGCUAUGCAUUAAAUAUUUGGGAAGCCUAAGCCUGAAGACAACACUGAUUCCACCUUACUGAGGUUACUCUGAACUCCACCAUGAAGCCAGUAGCACUUCCACUUUCAGCCACGCCUUUUGUUGCCGUGGUAUGACGUUAACACGUCAAAACAUUGCAAUUAUCACAAUAUAAAUUUUUCAUAUCAUAUUAAAAAUUAUACCGGUAUGGCACACUCCUAGGUGUGGGUAUGUACAGGCACAAAAAGCACUUUGUUGUGUUAUUUUAUGGGGGGAAAACCCCAAAGUUUUGUGGCACAAACAGAGCUAAGAAACGCUUAAUUGUGCUGCUGAAAACAUCUAUGUUUUGUAAUAAAAUACCCAAGUGUGGAGGCACAAAUGGAGCUGGGAAAUGCUGCAAUGUGCCACUAAAAAAUCAAGUUCAGUUAAAAAAAAAAACACAGUCUCCACAGUCUGCAGCUCUGCCAGUGUCUCGCUGAGGUGACACACCUUCCACCAUCCCCUCCACCGACUGAUGACAAAGUCGUCUCAUAUACUACGUCCUUUUAGAAACGCUGAUAUGAUACCUUCGGUAACUGUGCAAAUGCAAUGUAAAAGUGGUUUGCAGAAAUGAACAACGCAGACAUGUUCUUCUGGUGACGGCUGUUGUGGGCUAUUACACCACCAACUUCCACUGGGUUGGAUUUAAUUCUGUCUUGGUGGACAGGGCCAAAACAAAUGUAUUUUUAGUCUGUCUACAUUUAUUGUACUAUAGUACCCUCAGAGACACUUCUGGUGCCUUGCCAUUAAGGCAUUUGUACACAUUAAAUAAUAAACUGUGAUUUAAAAUGUUUUAUAAUUAAGUGGCUUAUUUUCUCGUAUUCAAAAAUGCGAUCUUGUAAUGUCAUUUUGAAACGACUGUUGUUGCUUUGAAGGAGAAAGAGCAUGGUGAUAAAACAAAGUACAUGCAUCUAGUAGACCAACAUUUCAUCUGUUGCAUUUGCUCUGAGUUUGUGUUUUAAUUUGUCUGUUUGAAAAAGUGCCUUAUGCAUAAAAGAGACAUUAAAUAAGUAAAUGUUGCAAAUGCCAUGUAAA